CCUCCUCCUCCCAGUAGCAGCGGCAGCAGCAGCGGCUCCGUUCCGUCUCUGUUCCCGGAGAGACCGCCUCCAUUUUAACACCGACACCCGGCGGAGCAGCAGCGGCUCGCAGCGGACUGAGCGGCCGGCGGAGGGACACGUUCGUGCGGCGGGAUUCCCCCCUGAGCCCCGGCGGUGAUUCGUCGGGCCUGAAUCAGCCUUUUUGUUGCGGGAUGGCGGCGCUGCGGCAGCACGCAGCCGGGGCGGCGGUGGAUUUGUGAGGAUUUAACGGGAGAUUUUUCUGCGGUGAAACAUCUUUGAUUUGUCGGAGGAGAGGAAGAGGAGGAGGAUCGGCUUCUGGUGGUCAGGUUCUCUGCGAGGAUGCGGCACUGAGCAUGCUCUGAGUGCUGAUCGUUACCAUGACGACAUUAGGCAGCAGCCAGGCGUGCAGCGGCCAGGACAACUGCUCUGCCCACAGCGAGUCCAGAGACUACUGCUACUCGGCUCGCAUCCGCAGCACGGUGCUGCAGGGGCUUCCGUUCGGAGGAGUGCCCACCGUGCUCGCCCUCGACUUCAUGUGCUUCCUGGUGCUGCUCUUUGUUUUUUCCAUUCUACGUAAGGUUGCGUGGGACUAUGGCCGCCUGGCGCUGGUCACUGACGCAGACAGACUGAAGAAGCGUUUCAGCGACCUGGAGGAGCGGGAAUACGUUGCCUCGGCGAUGCACUCGGAGACACCCGACCGUUACGAACGCCUCACCUCCGUCUCCUCCUCUGUUGACUUCGACCAGAGAGACAACGGUUUCUGCUCGUGGCUGACGGCCAUCUUCAGAAUAAAGGAUGAAGAGAUUAGGGAGAAGUGUGGCGAGGAUGCUGUUCACUACCUGUCCUUCCAGCGUCACAUCAUCGGCCUGCUGGUCGUGGUCGGCGUCCUCUCCGUGGGCAUCGUCUUGCCUGUGAACUUCUCCGGAGACCUGCUUGAAAACAACGCCUACAGCUUUGGACGCACCACGAUAGCCAACCUCAAGUCUGGGACGAAUCUGUUGUGGCUGCACACUUCGUUUGCCUUCAUGUAUCUGCUGCUGACCGUCUACAGCAUGAGGAGACACACGUCCAAGAUGCACUACAAGGAGGACGACCUGGUGAAGCGCACUUUAUUCAUUAACGGCAUCUCUAAAUACGCCGAGGAGAGUCAGAUCAAACAGCACUUUGAACAGGCGUAUGAGAACUGCACGGUGCUGGAGGCUCGGAUCUGCUACAACGUGGCCAAACUUAUGUCUCUGAACGCAGAGAGGAAGAAGACGGAGCGCAGUAAGAAGUUUUUCACUGACCUGAUGGCGAAGGAACACGUUCCCACCAUGAUAAACCCCAAACCCUGCGGACACCUCUGCUGCUGCGCCAUCACCGGCUGCGAGGAGGAAGAGGCGGUCAGCUACUACACCAAGAGGGAGGCCAAGCUGAAGGAGGAGUACAGGAAGGAGAAGGAGAAGGUCCACACCAAACCUCUGGGCAUGGCCUUCGUCACCUUCCAGAACGAGGCCAUGACCGCCAUUAUUUUGAAGGACUUUAACGCCUGUCAGGUUCAGGGAUGUCGGUGUCGUCAGGAGCCACGAUCCUCUCAGUUCAGCGAAGUUCUUCAUGUUCACAACUGGAGCGUUUCAUACGCACCCGACCCACAAAACAUCCGCUGGGAGCAUCUGUCGCUCGGUGGGAUCUCCUGGUGGAUCCGCUGCUUCAUCAUCAACUGCAUCCUCUUCCUCCUGCUCUUCUUCCUCACCACACCUGCCAUCAUCAUCUCCACCAUGGACAAGUUCAACGUCACCAAGCCUGUGGAAUAUCUCAAUAAUCCCAUCAUCACUCAGUUCUUCCCCACUCUGCUGCUCUGGGCUUUCUCUGCUCUGCUGCCCACCAUCGUCUACUACUCUGCCUUCUUCGAGGCUCACUGGACCAGGUCUGGAGAAAACAGGACGACAAUGCAUAAGUGUUACACCUUCCUGAUCUUCAUGGUUCUGCUGCUGCCGUCUCUGGGACUCAGCAGCCUGGAUGUUUUCUUCCGCUGGCUCUUUGAUAAGAAGUUCCUGGCGGAUGCUAGUGUCAGAUUUGAGUGCGUCUUCCUGCCAGAUAACGGAGCGUUCUUCGUCAACUAUGUCAUCGCCUCUGCGUUCAUUGGGAACGCCAUGGACCUGCUGAGGAUCCCCGGUCUGCUCAUGUACAUGAUUCGGCUGUGCCUGGCUCGCUCCGCUGCCGACCGCCGCAACGUCAAGAGGCACCAGGCCUAUGAGUUUCAGUUUGGAGCGGCGUACGCUUGGAUGAUGAACGUCUUCACGGUGGUGAUGGCCUAUAGCAUCACCUGCCCCAUCAUCGUCCCCUUCGGUCUGAUGUACAUGCUGCUGAAACACCUGGUGGACAGAUACAACAUGUACUAUGCUUACCUGCCCUCCAAACUUGACAAGAAGAUCCACUCGGGAGCCGUCACCCAGGUGGUGGCAGCUCCCAUCCUCUGCCUCUUCUGGCUGCUCUUCUUCUCCACUAUGCGCACAGGUUUUGAGACGCCGACCUCCAUGUUCACUCUGGUGGUGCUGAUCGUCACCAUCGUGGUCUGUCUGUCUCACGUCUGCUUCGGACACUUCAAGUACCUCAGCGCUCACAACUACAAGAUCGACACCAAGGAGAAUGACGUGGACGCUGUCGAGAAUGGACGUCCAGCUCGUCCGUCGUCCUCCCCCACUACCAAAUCUCAGCAGCAGCAGCAGCAGCAGCAGCAGCAGCAGCAGAUGUACAUCGCCCAGGUGCUUCAGGACCCAAACUCAGACGAGCCGGGCGGUGGCAGCGGCGAGGAGGACCGAGGGUCGUCCCAGGACGAGGAGAUGCUGAACGGAGGGAACAGCAUCAAUGAGGCGGAUUUUCAGUCAGGGGAGGACAGUCUGAUCGCCAACGAGGUUCACCAGUAGCGGGGGGUGGAGCUAGAGGGUGGGGCGGAGCUAGUUGAGGGUCCAUACCCACACAACAGUUACAAAAUAAAGCUGACUGGAGAAUCACCACACACAUUAACACACACGCAUACAGACUGACUGACACGGUUAGCUCCGCCCCCUCCCAGCUCGAAGACUUGACCUUGACCUUUGACGCCGGCGCCGGGUCGUCAACAUCCAGUCCUGCACGUCUGUGUAAACUUGAUGGACGUCAAACUGUCUCCACAGGAAAUCACUGUACAUAACCACAAAGCCAAAAGUUUUUGUUUUUGUUUUUUUCUCGGGAUUAGGGGCAGGGUUUAAAAAUUCGUGCCUGGGCUGGAUUUUGUUCGUUCGCACUCGUGUCUUGACUCCUGAUCCCACCGCGGGUCGCCGGGACUUGACCCGUCAUGGGGGCAAAGCUGAUGCUGACGCUGUCUUUUUCUGGUGAACGUCUCCAAACAAACCUCCGUCGUCACCACCGUCCUCCAACAUCGGAGUGCUAAAUAAGUCGCCAACCGCCAGCUCUCGUAGUGGUAGAAGCCUCGCUUACGCAGACGCAUCGCAGUCUCCCUUCCCUGUUUCGCUGUUUUCCUUUUUUUUGUGGAACCUGUGCAUCAUGGAUUCUGCUGCUGUGUUCGACACAUCACCUGGAAGUUUUUUUUGACCUGCCAAGAUUUGGCUGCAUGUUGAUAAAAGUGCUGUCUGGAUUAAUGACGUCACCACCCUCGGAUGAUGUCAUUCAUCAUGGGACUGUGGUGGCCAGUGAACUCGCUACAUCCCCCCCCCCCCCCCCCCCCCNCCACCCCCGGUCUUAGCGGCACAUCCUCCUGCCUGCCGGUGGAACAUUUGUGGCUUCACGCUCAGCUUCCGUUGGACCGCUCCUCCACCGCAGAACCACUGAACUCAACACGGGAGUAACUUUGUUUUCUGGUUUUGAUUUCACCCGAACUACCUUAAAUCAUGAAACCUGACAAAGGGAACGGGGAUGUUUGUGUCUGUGUAGGGUUAGCAAUCAGAACUCUUUUCAUUCAUGGGGAGAACUUUGUGAAGACACUCUGACAGAAGCAGUCGAGUAGUUUGAGCUCGGGUAGACGCAGAAGAGCAGCGCUUUUCGUCUGGACCGUCUACCCUCGAUGCCUGAAGCUGUCAGAACUCUCAAGGGAAAAUGUUUUCUGUUUGUGUGCGUUUUGAGGCGUGCACUGUGUGUGUGUGUGUGUGUGUGCGUGCGUGUCUGCGUGUGCGUGUGUGUGCAUGCGUGUGUGUGUCCAGUAGCUUAUUGUACGCCAACCUGCACCAUGAAGGGUUCAGUAACAUCACCAGGUAACUAAAACGACAUCUGCCGAACAAGUUGCAGUGCUUCUCAACCCAGUCGUCUCUCUACUGUAGAAUUAGUUCCAAGACGUGUUUUUCUUCAUUUUGGUUUGAAAAGGUUUUGAGAGAAUUUGAUCUUUGACGCCUGCAAACACCACCGUCUGUUUUCCCUGCUGCAGUUGAAGCUCAGAUAUUAUAAAUAUGAUAUUUAAACCAAAUGUUGUGUACAGAACAGAAACAGGUCCAGGACAUGGUUAGCUUAGCUUAGCAGACUGGAGACUGGAAGCAGAGAGAAAAUGCUAGCCUAGCUCCAACAUAGUAAAUCUUUCUGAUUUACGUUUUAUAUCUUCUUCUUAUUUUCUAUCUGCAUCUCUAAAACAGCCAAGUUUGAGAUUACAGGGCUCCCAUAGAACCAUCUUGUUGUGCGUCAUAACCUUUAUGUCUUGUUUUCAGGAAUCUGCGUUGCUGCCUUUCUUGGCCAGGAUUCUCUUGUAAAAGAGGUUUUAAUCUCAAUGAGUCUAUUACCUGGUUAAAUAAAGGUUAAUAAUAAGAGUCAUAAAAUGAAUUGAAUUCAUUAAUCAAAAAAAAAAAAAAAAAAAAAAACAACGCUGUAGGAACCCUGGAUUAAAACACAAAUAUUAGUUCCUUGGUCCGGUUAGCUCAGGGUUAGCUUUCAUGUCUGAUUAAGAGGUCGAUUCUUGUUAGCUAACCCACUGCAUCCUAGUCAGCCAGGAGUAGUAAACUAGAGCUGAGGGUCAAGAGCUAGCCGACAGUUAGCUUUCUUCCAGUUAGCUAUUUUUCGGUUAGAUUUUGUACGGUUAGCUAUCUAACAAUUAGCUUUCUUACAGUUAACUUUUUUUCCGUUAGCUAUCUUACAGUUAGCUGUCUUACAGUAAGUAUUCUUAAAGUUAGCUAUCUCACAAUUAGCUUUCUUACAAUUAGCUUUUUUACAGUUAGCUUUCUUUAAGUUAGCUUUCUUACAGUUAGCUUUCUUACAGUAAGCUUUCUUACAGUUAGCUGUUUUUCAGGUAGCUGUCUUACAGUAAGCCUUCUUAAAGUUAGCUUUCUUAAGUUUAGCUAUCUUACAGUUUACUUCUGGCGCUUGACCUUUCAGAUAGCUAUCUUUCAUUUAGUUUUCUUACAAUUAGCGAUCUUAGAGUUAGCUUUCUAACAGUUAGCUAUCUUCGCUAUCUUUCAGUUAUGUUUCUUUCAGUUAGCAUUCUUAAGUCAAGCUAUCUUACAGUGUACUUCCGUCGCUUGACCUUCUGUUCUGGACCAAACCACAUUGUUUAUUUUCAAUAACGUACGGGUAGAAAACUUCCGUAUCAUGUAUGUAAAAUCAAACCAUGCUGCACACAUGCUGCCUCAGCUGAUUAGUUUUUAGCUGGGAAAAAAAGGCCCACCUUCAAAAAAUCAACAUCAGUUUAAUUGUUCGCCAUAUUUACAAUAUUUUGACCGCUUUACGUCACGGUCAGACGGCCUUCUGUGAGGGGGAACACAGGAGUUAGUCUGCUGCUGUCUCCAUCAGUUCAUGAAAAUAUACGUUAAAUAUAGUGAACGAUUCCUCCAUUCAUUUUUUUUUCUAGGCGUCUGAAAUAUGUUUUUCCUGCGGCUCGUCCACAGCGGUCAAUUGUUUAGCUUCUGUUUUGGUAGAUUUAGUUCAUUAAAGACGUUAGCAAAACAACACAGAACAUAAAAUAAUCACAUCAGACAGGUCGGACCACCAUGUUUAACUAUAGAACGUUAGUUACGGCUAAAAGGGACAAUAAAAAUAAAGGUUGCUGAUUUCUCUACAAUUCAAAUCAUCCGCCACGGUGAUUCAGUCUGAACAGCAUGGAGAACAAUCUAUCAAGUUCCAGGCUCGCAAUCAUGCUAGCGUUUAGCUUGGUGGCUACAGUAAUUCACCAACAUGACUGUGAGUCAUUGAGACUCAGAACUAAAUAUUUCCCGAUGACAGAUUAAUCUCACUGUGACGUGUCCUGCUGGGACAGUGUCCUCUGAUGGCUAUGCUAACAGUCCGUGCUUCCUGUCUUUGUGCUAAGCUAGGCUAAACGCGUCUUUCGCCUGUUGCUGUUUAACAGAUCCUGACGUUCGUUUCCUGCGCUGUAAAUUUUCACCUCGAGAGGUUUUUAUGAAAAUUAAGCUUCAGCUGAAUUUACUGACAAUGUGAAAAUGAGCUUCAGCUGCAGCGCCAACAAUUUCAGGAUGGAGGAGGUUCAGUCGUCACUUACCCAUGAUCCUCCUGGUGUCUGAUGAUGUGUGCCAGCCGGGGCCUGUUUGAAUUCUGAUUGGAGGGUUUUGGAGGAAAAAUGGCAGCAUCUUCCUCUUCCUUCUGUUUUAAAUUUAAUCUCCUCUGAGUUACUCGAACUUUACGGAGAAGACGCCAAAUUACUGGAGUCAAAGUCCCAACUAUUCCUGACUUCACGUGUUGGACAAGUGUUUCCAUAUUUAGUUAUGUUUAAGAUAUUUUAGUGUCACCAGGAGGACUCGGCUCUGAUCUGCCCCCCAGUGGACAAACUCAUUCAUCCUCCAAGUGCUCAAAACCAACAAAAACAAAAGCAGCUGCUCGUAUACGCGCACAUGUUGUUGAAAAAAGAGUAUGAUAUUUGGGAGUGAUGGAGGGAAACGGAUGCCCUCGCCUUGGCACCACCGCUGGGAUUGGUCUCUAUGGCAACAGGGCCAGGAAGGCGACCUGACCUGGCUAGCAUCAUCAGGAAGCAGGAGGAACUUUUUCAGAACUCAACAGGUUUCAGUGCAGCGACGUGACGACGAAAUAGUCUCAGGUGUUGUUUGUUUUCCUAAAAUAAUGUUUACAUCAGUUUUUGUUGCUCGCUUUGAUUUUUGCCAUGUUGUGCAGAGUGUGUGUGUGUAUGUGUGUGUGUGUGUGUGGACACAGAGCUGGACUAUGAAAGCUGUAGCCACCAAGACAUAGGAGUGAGUUGACGUCGGUUGGCGGCUACACGCCGGAGAACCUGCAGCGUUUGUGUCCAGACGGUGUUAUUUUGAAUUUAGUUUUCUCUUCACCUACAGCGGGGCGUCUGUUGUCAGGCGCUCCGGCCGUGAUUGUAUGCACACGAAACUGAAACUGAACGAGAGCUCAGUGGGUGGACGUGAGGUCUGAAGGUUCAGCUCAGCGGCUCUCAACCCGACAUGAAAAGGAAACGAGAUGGAUUCUGACAAAGUGAUGCUCAUACUUAGUUUCCCUAAAAUAAAAACUUGAUCAUCAUCUGGUCUCCCGAAACAGACAGGACGUCCAGAGGAGACCCUAAAAAUGUAUUUUCUUAAGUAAUGAAACUGUUUUCAGACGCUCCUGAUGGACACUGAACUUUGACCCUGAUCUGAACAGAGAGAAGAACUAAAUAUGAGCUACAUUUGUGAUGAGAUUUGUAGUCAUCAGUAGGAACCACAGUCACUCUCAGCUUCACAGAGACUUGAAAUAAAGUGAAAACUUAAGCGCCAGUCUGAUCCUCAGAGUCUCUGGACACAAGAUUUAAUGGAAGGUUUUAACCAGUACGAGUCAUUGUUUUCUGCCACAUCUGUGAAAUUAGGAAGAACUUUGUGUUUGUUAUUUAAACAUCAGCAGAACUCCACCAGAAACUGAUGAAUGACUUCACGUUAAAAACACAGCCGUGAACGUUUAUCAUGUGAGUCAGUCGUCAUCAACAACCUGCACCGCUGCUAACACACACACACACACGUAGCACAAACGUGAUGCAAGCGUUUUCCAAAUUACACACAGAGUCCAUGCAAAGAUGCAAACUCACAGCGGGCGAUGUGGAGACAUGACAUUUGUGCCAUGCGUGUAUUUGCGCGAGUUAGAUUUUUUGAACGUGAGCAAGAAAUUAGCAUGACGCUGUAUUGUGACAGCCUAGUGUUGAGAUCUGGGUGAGAUUCUCCUGACGUUACUGAGGUGGAAGACAAACAUGAGUGAAUGCAGAGGACAGCAUGUCUGCGACGCGUGUCAGAUAUUUUGUUGAGGUGUGUCUGAGCAAAACACUCCGAGUAAUUUAAGCUGGACUUUAAAUGUGAAAAUUAAACACCAGGAAGGAGUGAUGCGGUGAUGUGGUGCUGUGACAGGAUGAUAAAUAAUAAAGGGUGUUGUCGUCUUGGUUCAGAGCCUCCACGUUCACAUCACCAGCCGUCAGGUGGACUUCACUGUAAAUCAUGCUAGCUGUUAGCUGCCUUCACCACUGAGUUAGUUAGCACAACCGUUAGCACAGCUGUUCAGGGUGAAUAUUCACCAGCUGCUAAAUACUCCAAAAGUACACUCCAGAGGCGGUACAUAUGCGUGAGUAACAUGACACCAGAAUUUGCAUCUUAAAAACAAACAAGUUCUCACCUGCAGGUCCACUCAGCAGCUGUUCUGGAGCUUUUCAUCGUGUCACAUGAUCUUCGUCAGUAGAUGACGUCACAGUUUUGAUGAAUUUCUGGUCCGUUUUAGCCUCACAGUUAAGAUUCAAAGUUCAGUCCUGAUCUGUUGCCACCAAAUCACCAGAAUAAAUGUUGACAUCAUACGUUUCUGUAAAACCACACGUACGUUACAUUUGUACGUUAAUGUGUAGCAGAUACAUGUUUACGUUUCAACAACGCUGUGGUCAACCGUUGUUUAGGUCAGGGGUCGGCAACCUGCGGCUCCUCAGCUCCUCUCCAGUGGCUUCAAUAGAAAAUAAUAUGGAAAUUAUUUUUUUUUAUUCUAUUUUUUUUUAAGUUUUAAUUUUUAUUCAUUUUUGUAUGGCUAAAGUGAUAAUUACAUUUUUCAGCUGUAAAAACAUGUAGCCUUUAUACAGAUUUAAAAAAAUGUUUUAACAUUUUUCAAACCAAAAUAUGCAUCAUUCGUAUGACCUGGCACCUUUUCCUCUAAAAACCUCACUAGCGAUGGCUGCAGUCGUCUUGAGUCUUGGUCGCGAGGCUAGCCGUGGAUUCCAAAUCCAAAAAGGGAAAACAGAGAAUUUAAUAGUUCGUGGACAAAUUAGUUUGCUUUCAUCAACAACGCUGCAAAGUUAAAGCACCAAAUCAUGAAAAAGAAGCCACCGUGUGAUUAAACAUUUAGAUCUGUUCGUGAUGUUGGGGCUGAAUUGGACUUAAAAGGCUGUUAUCUUAAUCAUGAGGCUCAAACAUGAUCUGCAGCUCCAGGCAGAUUAUUGUUCAGUAAAAAAACAAAACAAAAAUCACUUAAUCAUGUUUUGCCUUAAAAUACAUUUUGUCGCUGCAAAACAAAAAGACAAACGGUAGUUAGUUGAUAACAGGCAACCUUGCUGCUACCAUUUACUUCUGUUGUGCAAUGUCCCUCUUUGACGACGCAUCCUUGAUGACGCUGGUUCAAGCUGAUUAACUGGAUAGCACCAAAGUUCCAAGAAUCCUGAAUGGAACCGGUUGAAGAACCAGAGCUAAUUUGGUGGAAAGGUGGUACAUGCGAAUGUCAUGACGAGUUCUCGAUUCCCCAGAAUCCUGUAAAAUCGAGCUGUGAUUCUUUUGGAUAUUUGAUUUAUAUUUGAAUAAUAUGGGGACGCUGCAGAACAGCAGAUACCAUGGUUUGUCACAUUCAGUGUCCCAAAGUUUUGAUGGGCACCAACAGUUUCAGGGACAAAGGUCUACUGGUUCUGGUUCCUUCUGGUCUGUUUUGGUUUCUUCCAGUUCAUUCAGGUUCCUUCCGGUUCCUUGUUGUCUGCUCUGGUUCCCCCUGGUCCCUUCUGGUUUGUCCUAGAUUACACUCGUCUGCUCUGGUUCAUUCAGGUUCCUUCUGGUCAGUUCUGGUUCCUACUGGUUUGUUCUGGUUCCCUGUGGUUCAUUCAGGUUCAUUCUUAUUAUUUCUGGUUCCUAAUGGUUCCUCCUGGUCUGUUCUAGUGCGUUCUGGUUCCUCCUGGUAGGUUCUGGGGCCAAGGAGCUGAACUGAAGGUUGAGAGUUGCUGCGUUUACUGACGCCUCGGUGUUGUAGGAACUGAAGAUGCUCAGUAAUAAUAAAAUGGGAGUCUGUGAUAUUUUUGUAACCUGCUGACUGAGGUAUUUGAUACUGACGGUGUAUUAAAGAAACGUUGAUAGCUGUGACGACGCUGUUGUAACAUGUAACUAAAGGUUUUUAAUAAUCAGCCGCUGCUUUUUGCUUUUCUUAGUUUUUUUAAAUUGUUGCUGAAGUUAUUGAAGUUGUGAAAAUGUGAACUGAAGACAGACGAGUGUGAAAUGAAAUGUCGGCUGCCGAAAGUGAAAACCUAACGUGUGUAAAAUAAAAUGUGUGUAAAUAGCCAUCGAACUGCACUGUUGUCCUCGGAGACGGACACAACUCAGCGUCUCAUCUCACCGACUGACUCCAAGCUAACAGUCUAUUGGUCCAUUUCAUGCUUUUAAUUUAUUGCUGUGACAAUAUUUAUUUUUACUUUGGUUUCCAGGUUGUAUGUACAGUGAAACAUUUGUCCUAUUUAUGUUACUUGAUCAAUAAAAUUGGCUUUCAUCUGUC